AUGCCUGAUCCAGCGAAGUCUGCUCCGGCGCCCAAGAAAGGCUCUAAGAAAGCAGUGACCAAGACCCAGAAGAAGGAUGGGAAGAAGCGUAGAAAGAGCAGGAAGGAGAGUUACGCCAUUUAUGUCUACAAGGUGCUGAAGCAGAUCCAGACCGCCGUACGCCUGCUGCUGCCGGGAGAGCUGGCCAAGCACGCCGUGUCCGAGGGCACCAAGGCCGUCACCAAGUACACCAGCGCCAAGUAA